AAAUCGUCGCUUUCCAAUAGCCAACCUACUUCAUAUCAGUUGCUCGUACGAGAUGCAGUCAAAAGUUGAUAAGUGGGGAGUGUGACAUUUUUGUAACAUUGUAGAUAUAACUGCAUGUAUAACUCGUAUUGCAUAAGUUAACAAAAUUGACAACAUAAUCUAGUUAAAUUAUUCAUCAUAUUAAACAGUUGCUCCGUUUAAGGAUCUUAAACGUUUUCUAAAAGAGUUAAAACAAAAACCAAAAGAUGGCAACUUGGCAGAAUACACCUGGUGCAGAUUUUUAUGCAGGGCAACAAGGUUAUCCUCAACAAAAUCCUGCAUAUCCACACCAAGAAGGAUUUAAUCCUGGAUAUCCACCUCCUUACGGAGCAAAUCCACCACCACCACCAGGUCCUGGUUUUAUCCCUCCAGGUGCACCUCCUUACGGACAAGUUCCACCACCUGGCUUAAUAUUUGGUACAACACCACAAGCAGGCAUGUAUGGAUCAAAUUAUGCAGAGGAUCCUAUGCAAUCUGAUGAUAUCAAAGGAUUUGAAUUCAAUGAAAAAUCCAUUAGAAAUGGAUUCAUCAGGAAAGUAUAUAGUAUAUUGAUGUGUCAACUUUUGAUCACAGUAGGAAUGAUUGCACUGUUCCUUUAUCAUGCUCCAACUAAUAAAUUUGUAAUGACGCAUCCAGAGCUAUUUUGGAUUUGUUUUGUUUCAACUAUUGUUUUGAUUAUAUGUAUGGCUUGUUGUUCCAGUGUGAGACGAAAAGCUCCUAUGAAUUUCGUAUUUUUGUUUUUAUUUACAAUAGCAGAAGGUUUUUUAUUAGCUACUGCUGCUUCUACAUUCAAAUCUGAAGAGGUACUAUUGGCUGCUGGAAUUACUUCAGUUGUUUGUCUUGGAUUAACAUUAUUCGCAUUUCAAACAAAAUUUGAUUUCACUGGUCUUAAUAGCAUUCUCUUUGUUGCAUUACUAAUUUUUGUAGUGUUUGGAAUAUUUGCAAUGAUAUGGCAUGGAAAAAUUAUGACACUUGUAUAUGCAUCGAUUGGAGCUUUACUUUUCUCUAUUUAUUUGAUUUAUGAUACACAAGUAAUGAUCGGUGGUAAACAUAAGUAUUCCAUUUCUCCAGAAGAAUAUAUCUUUGCAGCACUAAACCUUUAUAUAGAUAUUAUCAAUAUUUUUCUUUAUAUUUUAACAAUUAUUGGUUCUUCGCGAAAUUAAAUAUUAUAAAAUAUAUUUUUUUUGUUGCCGAAUUAAUGUUUAAUGCAAAAUGCUUUCAUUCAUCAUUGUUCUAUUUUGACUCUCUUUUAUUUGUAUAUAGAGAGUACAUUACAAAAACAAUGAAAGAUAAAAAAGUAGCAGAGAGGCAAUAAUUUCUAUGGAAUAAUAGCUUUUACACAAUUUUCAAAGUAUAAAUAACACAGAGAAAAAUUAUAUUAUUUUAAAGUUGAAUAUCUAGUCUUAUAAGACAAAUAAUUCCUAUUAAAAAAUCUAUUAAAAAAAAAUAAGCCAAUUGUUAUAUAAUUAAGAAUAUAAAUAGGCUUAUAAAAAACCUAAACACAAUUUAUAUAUUUACUCAUGAAUUUCAAUUCAUCUUUUUUAUUAAAAGAAAGUAUUAUUUUCGUUUUCAUUAAACUUACUUAAACAAAUAUAUUUUAUUUUGUAAAAAACGGUUUAUUAUUAUUAUUUAAGACUAUGAAUUCCGAAUAUCCAAUAAAUAAUUGAUUUAAUUGUUGCAAUAUAUAAUAUGAAAUACAUUUUGAUGAUAUUAAUGUGCGUUAGAUAUAGUUAUAACACUUAAAUAUAAUUCUAAAUUAUCCUAAUAAUGUAUACAUGUAUUUAUUCAUUAUAUGUGUUAGAAAAUAGAUAUUAUAUUAUUUGAACAUAUUUGCAUAAUAAAAUAAAAAUUUCAAAGUAUUAAAUAGUA